AUGCGAACUAAACACGCUAUUCCUGAGGAUGAAGAUGAUGAGAUUUAUUCUGGAGAUCCUUUAUUAAUUAUCAAGUGGAAUGAAGUCGGGCUUCAACAAAGACAGAUUCAAAAGACUGCUGUGAUCAAUGUGAUUCGUAGCUUUCAAGGCUGUCGACCAUUUCCUCAAAAUGACCAACCUCAGUCGGAAUCUAUUUUUUAUAUUGCCGAUACCCCUAAUAUUCAAGCACAACAGAUAGUUUCAAAUAUUCUUUUUGCACUACAAAGAGGAUAUCUGCAGAGGCAAGUCCCUACAUUGGGACGAAUUUACGUGAUAGUUGCUGAGAAAAAAAUGACUUGA